GUCAGCGUGGUUUGUUAUUCUUUAACAGUGUGUUUGUCAGUAUUUUUAUAUCUUGUUGUGCUAAAUAAUAAAUUUUAGAAAAAGCCGAAAACUAAUGCCGAAAUGUGUCGUCAAAAUCGACGCAAAAAAAAUGAAAAUAAAAUUAAAAUUAAAAAAAAUCCAGGAAAAAGUUCAACAGAACGUAGUCGCGAGUUUCGUGCGCGAAAAAAACAAUUAUUGAACAAUCAAAAUAGAUGUUCAAAUAUAAGUGUUAAUGUGACUGGUGUAAUAAAUGACCGCUCUCAGCAACAAAAUAGUGUUCCAACGGGACAUAAUUUAGUAAAUAAUGAUUAUAACCCUCCAGUAGAUGUACAGCCAGAAAUUCCA